UCGGGGUGUUUCACUGUAUGGCAACGAUUCUCGCUGUACGUGAGCGUUCUGUUUGCCUGGGGCAAAUGCGAUGCGACGAUCAUGUUUUAAUUUAAUGUUACGUUUGGUACGGUACUUAUCGGACUGAUUAGAACGCGUGCAUCAAAGGAAAUUCGAAUUAAUAGUAAAACUACAUACGAAUACACCGACGCAAAAUUCAAAUAAAAGUGAAAAUUGUGGGGGUAAUUUGUGAAAGAAAGGAAAAUGAAAUAUAAUUAAUUUAGAUAGCAGAACGUGAAGCAAAAUUUCCGAUAGGAAAGUAAAUGAAAAGAAUCCUUAAAAAGUGAGAUCCGUUGUGCAGAAAAGGGUAAUGGUUUAUAAAAAAAUAUAUGUACUGUGUAUCGAAAGUAAAAAAUGGUAUUUUUAUACACAUUUGUGAUAAGUUUCAUAUAUUAUGCUCCUAUAAAAUUACUUUGUAAAUCGGUUUGAUAAGUCGAAGUGUCAAAGUUUAUACUUUUGAAUGCUACGUGUCGUGAUAACGAUGUCACAUUUUGGAACUAAAAAUAUACGAAAAUUCUCGAAAAUUACGAAUAAUAUUUUUUAAGAGCACUUACUCCUCGACUGGGUAAAAGAAAUUUCUUUGGCAUUCCAGUUUGGAACUGUUUAUGGACUUGCGUGCGGUUGCAUCGGUGUUGUUGGCUCUACUCACAAUCAAUGCCAAGAUGAUGAUGCCAUUCGGUUAUGCUGGUGUCAUGCAGGACGACCGCAAAUGUCAAUAUUUAAGACCAUCGCGCAUGCUCAAAAUUCGUUGCUUCGAUAUGAAUCUGAAGGAAGUGCCACAGUACCUGAAAUCAUCGGUGGAGAUUUUGGAUCUCGCAUUCAAUCGCAUUAAAAAACUCAAACAAAAUUCAUUCGAACGUUAUACAAGCAUUAAAAUACUGGUGCUGUACGAGAAUAAGAUACAAUCGGUAGAGGAAGGCACAUUUUCGCCCCUAACAUCACUGGAGGAGAUCGAUCUGUCCAACAACGCGCUCGUCACAAUACCGUUGGAAAUUUUUCAACUACCCUCGCUGCGUAAUCUAUAUGUUGAUAGUAAUGAGCUUUUCAAUCUGGAACGCGAUCUGCAGGGUCUCGAGACACCAAUACGUUCGCCAUUAGAAUAUUUAAACGUAGCCGAUUGCGGUUUAAAAAACUUUCCCAAUUUGGGAGUACUGCCAAAACUUUGGCAAAUAAAUGCCUCAUCAAAUCCCUUGACUGAUCUCACAGUGGACACACUAGCCAAUAUGUGUAAUUUACGUACUAUGGAUCUAACGAAAACGGAAAUAAGCGAAUGUGCCUGCCAACAAGUAAAUCGAUAUUUGCGGUAUGUCGGUGCCAGUGCCAAAUUUGUGCCAAUCUGUUUGGAUAACCUCGACAACACUAUUUGCCCAGAUCCAUAUAACUUAACAAUAGGUUCAGAGACAUAUCAAAGCUGCAAAUCGGAAGCUGAACUGGCCAAAUUAAUGAGUUGGCGGUGGCUGUUAAUUGCGGCGGUAGCGGCAUUGGCAGUGCUCGUAUUUACAUGGUUUUGCUGUCGGCGACGUUCGAAGAAGAAGAAAAAGGCGAAAAUCAAGUCUAAAGCUAAGAGUGUACCACCAAAGCAACAGCCACUUGUGUCGCCCACACUUGCGCUGAAGAGCCACAACGAUCGUACGAUGCUGCAGGACUGUGAUUGUGCGUAAUUCAUGGUUACUAUUAUUUUCUAGUUUUAGGUGUAAAAAUUCUAAAAACAGUCACAAAUAUUAUAGCAAUUAAUUAAUUUACAACAGAAACUACUCUUACUACAUAUGGAACUAUAUGAAACUACUAUAAAUAAUUGCUUCAUUGGUUAGGAGAAAAGAAUUUUUGUUUUUAUUUUCGAAUAAAUUGUAAAUUGCCAUACAGCAAAACUGUUGCCAAAAAAUAUGAACUUAGAUAUCGAAUUACAACGAGUCGAAGGUCAAGAUGACAGGUCGAAACCAAAACGAAUGUAUAUGUAUAUUUACAUAUAUAGAAAACGGAUGAACGAGAAGUAUUAAAACCCAUGGCUUUAGCUUAGUGUAAAAUUUUGCAAUAAAAUAUCGUAAAAUAGAAUUUUGUGUGCAAAGUGCUGCAAUCAACAUUAGUUUAAUAUAUAUAUGUACAUAUGUAUGUAGGAAAUUAUGAAUAUCUGUAUAUAUUCGUUUGUUGCUGAAAUAUGUGUACCGAAACUGGAAUUAUACGAUGCUAAUCGAAAAGGUGCCUUCAAUUGCAUUUUUGCAUUUACAUAAAAAUAUAUUUAAAUUUAUUUCAUACAUUUACUUUUUGAUAAAGUAAUAGGUUUAAACUAAUUCCUAGUUAGCUAAGUCUGUGCAAAAAUUAUUUAUAAAUUAAAAUGGUAAUUUUUAAGUUAAGCAAAUCAAUAGUUUAUAUUUUACGAGUUUAAGAAAUCACGUGCUCUUAUUGUUUUUGUAAUAAAUGUGAAAUGCCUUG